GUACUUUUAUGGGCAAUGGUACACCUUGUAUUCUUACAACACGGUCCCUGCUGUGUACAUCUUUAUACCGUGUUAGAGUCCCUAUCUCAGAUCUGCAAGCACCGUGCUCAGCAUCUGACAACUGUCAAAUGGCAAUUGCACUUGUGAACUUGUUGUAACGUUCGCGCGGUUAAGAAAUGGCAGCGGAAAUAAAGCCCGCCCCGGGAGUAAAUCAUGAUAAAUUCAGCAGCAGCCGCAAGCCGAUCCUCUUGUCAAAAUUGGAGGGCUGCAGCGACGACGUUAAUGCGGCUAUCAUUAUCCCACGGGAAGAGGGUGUAAUCAGUGUUUGCGAUGACAGGACAGUUAGAGUAUGGCUGAAGCGAGAUUCUGGUCAUUAUUGGCCGAGCAUUUGCCAAUACAUGCCAGCAGGUGCUACCUCUAUGCAUUAUUGCGUAGAAACGAGGCAGUUAUUUGUAGGCCUGGAUAAUGGAAGCAUUAAUGAAUUUAUCUUGGAACAAGAUUACAAUCGAAUGACGGCUAUGCGCGAUUAUCUAGCGCAUCAAGCAAGAGUCACAGGAAUCAUUUUUGCAGCAGAUUUCGAAUGGGUCUUGAGUAUAGGCCGUGAUAAAUUAUUUCAAUUACACAGCUCCGAAACAGGACAAAAAUUGGGAUCGUACCAAACAGACGCGUGGUAUACCGCCCUACAAUUUGACGCCCAAUCCAAACACGCUUUCGUAGGAGAUUAUUCUGGUCAGAUAGCCAUGCUAAAGCUGGACAAUAGUGGCGUUACCUUCAUUACUACAUUAAAGGCGCACACGGGAAGUAUCCACACGUUGGCAUGGGACUCGGAGAAACAAUUGUUGUUUUCUGGUAGUUUUGAUCAAAGCAUCAUCGUUUGGGACAUUGGAGGUCGUCAAGGCACUGCUUAUGAACUUCAGGGACACCAUAAUAAAGUAACGGCAUUAUGCUACGCGAGCGCCGAACGCUUGCUCUUGUCUGGAGGCGAGGACGGUGUGAUCGUUUGUUGGAAUAUGGCGGCAAAUAGGAAGGAAACCGCCGCUUGGGUCGAAUCCGAUGUCUGUCAGGCUUGUGGAAGACCCUUCUUCUGGAAUAUAAAAGCUAUGAUGGAUCAACGACAGUUGGGAUUGAGGCAGCAUCACUGUCGCUAUUGCGGUCGCGCGUUAUGCGCUCGCUGUACAUCACAACGAAUACCGAUUCCGGCGAUGGGCUUCGAGUUCGAAGUGAGAGUUUGCGAUCAGUGUCACAUACAGCUCAAGUCGGAAAACCAAUCAUCGUUGGCCUCCUUCCAUGAUGCCAAGCACAGUGUCAUCGGGAUGGAUUUAGACGCUCCUAGGCGAAGAUUGUUGACUAUCGGCCAAGAUCGCGUUAUUAAGAUUUGGGACGUGUCCGCGCUCUUUCAGUGAAUUUCUACGUGUAUGUAUGUCGAUAAUCUAAAUUGCGUGAUAUGAAAAAAUAAUCAAAUCACCGAGAGAUAUCGUCAUACUCGGAAGAAUACUCUGAAACGUAUUUUUGUGAUUAUAUAUGUAAUUAUGCCUGUUUGUGAAGUCGGUGAUCGGUGAUUACGUAACUUGAGUUGGACCGACGAGCUGAUAGUGACGAUAUGAAGCGAUCAUUUGUCAGUUUGUCGGUGAUAACACUAGAAUCUGCUUAAUCCAUAUCCAUAUUUUCUGUAUGGGAAAUCAGGAAAUAAUUGGAGAGAUAAUGAAUAUGACGUAAGCCUGUUAAUUCAGUGGCAUUGUCUUUAAACCGAUGUUGUAUAUUGAUGUAGAAAAGUAUUUACUUCCAGAAGAGCGCUUGCGCGACUGCGCAACGUAAUUACACAAACGUAAAAAGUACUAUAUAUGCAAGGUACAUGGACUCCCUUUGGAAGACCAGGAUGACGACAUCGUGAUAAUCACGACGCAACACAACACAGAUGUAAUUAGCAGUAUUAAAAUAUCUUUCCGAGAGUAUAUAUAUAUAUAUAUAUAUAUAUGUGUGUAUAUAUAUAUAUAUGUAUAUGUAUAAAAUUGAAUUUUUUUUUAUAUAACAUAUUUAUAUUACUCGAAGAUGGUCUCGAGAUGAAAUCUUUUCGUUAAAUAUUCGAAUAAAACUCUUUGUGCAAUCACCGAUUUUUUUUUUGCAAAAUUUGCAAGAUUACACAUUGCGAAUCGAGGGGCCCAUAUCUCAAGAUCGUUUUGCAACUUUAUACAUAUACACCAUAAUCGUCGUAUAUAUUAUACAUUUUGUUAUUAUCAGAAUCUUAAAAAUAUCUUUACGUUGUUUAAAUAAAUUUUUGAUUUAAAAAAUAAUCAAGAAAGUACUGAUUGAUAACCGACCAGUGAUGUAAGCAUCGAAACUAUUUUAAUGUUAAUAUAUGUGUUUUUAUCUGAUAAAAGAAUAGAGGGAGAAAAUCUUUUAAGAAUUUCCAAUUCAUUUUUUACAUAUUUUAAAUUCUUAUAUAUUAUUAAACUACUAGCAAUUUGAACAUAAAAAUCUUAAACUACUUAUACUAUCUUUGAAUCGACUCAGAUAAGUAGCAUCUUGUAUCAAGUCCUAAUCUUAUUUGUUAUAUAACUCAUACAAGAUUGUUUAAUGUUAUUGUAUCGUAUCGUGAGAAAACGCGAGACCAGACGGAGUAUCCACAGUGCAGUUAAUAGUACUAGUUACUUCUUGACUCGCAUUCAAGUCUCCUCAAAUAAUAUCAAUAGAUAGAUACAAGCUGUGCAAAGUUAAUUCGCCUUAACUUGACACAAUUUCUUGCAAAUAUUUUAAUUUAUUUCUUUGAAUACAAAGAAAAAGAAAAAUGUUACUUUAUAAAUAUUUCUCUGUCGUGUAUCUUGCUGGCUGAUAAAAAUUUUAUCAACAUUUGUGAAAAACGGUCAAUGAUGAGCUUCCUUCGAACUAUGUGUCGAAAAAUCUGAAAAUUCAUAGAUAGAUAAGAUACAGUAGCAAAGAGCUUGAUCGUUUCAUAUAUACGCCAGGCAAUGUAUACUGCAUGCAAUUUAAUCAGUUCAUCCUCGUAUGAUAAAUGUAUAUACAUACAUACAUACAUACAUAAAAUGCAUAUAUUGUACCUAACAUAUAUAUGUUAAUUAUUUCAUCAGUAUCACCAUCGUCGCGUAAUUUUUCCACCGCAAUUUUGCAAGAGAGACGAUCACUAGGAAGAAAUCAUCCUUGUUAUCAAAAUGUAUCUAGAUUUAUUCGCAGGAUAAAUCUUGCAUUUUGAAUAGCUAGACGUGCGAAUACAAUUCGUACGGUCCAAAUUAUCUAUAUUGAAUACAAAUACAAGUACGUUUGUACAAACUCGAAUGGAGAACACAUAUAACAAAUUAUCGCAUUUUUAUAUGUUUUGCUAAAAAGUAUGUAUAUGUUUAUAUUACCUAAAUAAUAUAUGAACGUGCUUCUUAUUAUAUAAACGUUACGUCACACGUGUUACACGACCAAGUAACUGUGUAUAUUAUUUAUGUCGACUAUGGAUGGCUUGAAACUCUUUGAAAUUCGUAGUUGGCAUGUGUAAAGAAACAGACGGAUAAAUAUUAAACUGUAUGCUGCGACGAUUGCUAUUCACUACCGAAACACAGUAUAUAGAUACAUAUAAACUGCGAAAAAUGUAAAAAGCGAUUAAGUCACGUGUAUGUAUUCUACUCACACGUCGAAUUGAUACAAAAUGGAAAUAUAUUUUCAAUGUAAAACA